GAAGGGGUGGGGCUUUCCCUGAGGGAAACCAGGCAUGUGUUGGGUUGUGGAAGGGUCUAGAAUGCUCCUGUGCUGUGAGGAAGCCCCUAGUGCAAGGCUUAGGGUGACUGUUGGGAAGAGUAGGAAGCAAAAAUAACCCCUGAGCCUCAGAGGGGAGAAACUUGGGAGCACAGAGGCAACUGCACAGAGGGCAGCAGAGGCCAAGAAGGUUUCCUGGGGGGAAAAUGUGCCUCAGGGAGAAAGGCUGGGCCGUGAGGAUGCUGAAAACUUGGUUUUAAUGAGGAAGUCACAAUGGCAGUCCCACAGCCUGCUCACAACAUCGGCAGCUCAGACGCAGCUGGUGCUGGUUAAGUCCCAGAGCCCAUGAGGUGAAGGCACUGCUGUUACCAAACACACCGCCCUGUGACGUGUCUCAUGUGUUUUGAAGACUGUCUGAUGAAUUCCAGAAUUGAAGAACAUUGUGUAGAUACCAAGGAAAAUAAUUCUUGUGAUUUUGGUGACCAGAAGGAAAGCAGGAAGCAUGGAUUUGUACUAAAAGCAGAAGCUUUUGAAGGAAAUUAUUGGCCCCAAUAUUUUCUCCAAAAACAGAAAGAAACUCUGCAAAGAAUUAUGAGCAAGGAUUCCUGUUCUACCUGGGGUGGAGGGCACUUUUCGACCUUUGAUAAAUACCAGUAUGACUUCACUGGGACCUGCAACUAUAUCUUUGCAACUGUAUGUGAUGAAUCCAGCCCAGACUUCAACGUUCAGUUCCGCCGUGGGCUGGACAAAAAGAUUGCGAGGAUCAUUAUUGAGCUGGGACCUUCUGUCAUCAUUGUUGAGAAAGAAAGCAUUUUUGUCAGGAGUGUUGGUGCCAUUAAGUUGCCGUAUGCUAACAAUGGAAUUCAAAUAGCCCCUUACGGCCGCAGCACCCGCCUCGUGGCCAAGCUGAUGGAGAUGGAGCUAGUUGUCAUGUGGAACAACGAGGACUAUCUCAUGGUUUUGACUGAAAAAAAGUAUAUGGGAAAAACCUGUGGAAUGUGUGGAAAUUAUGAUGGCUAUGAACUAAAUGACUUUGUGAGUGAAGGAAAAUUGCUGGAUGCAUACAAAUAUGCUGCAUUACAAAAAAUGGAUGAUCCAUCAGAGAUCUGCCUGUCUGAGGAGAUACCAAUUCCUGCCAUUCCCCACAAAAAAUACGCCAUGAUCUGCUCUCAGCUACUUAACCUAGUGUCACCAACCUGCAGUGUGCCAAAGGAUGGGUUUGUCAUUCGUUGUCAGCUUGAUAUGCAGGACUGCAGUGAGCCAGGACAAAAGAAUUGUACUUGCUCUACACUGUCAGAGUAUUCAAGGCAAUGUGCUAUGUCCCAUCAAGUGGUGCUCAACUGGAGAACUGAAAACUUCUGCUCUGUGGGAAAAUGUUCAGCUAACCAGAUCUAUGAAGAGUGUGGUUCUCCGUGUAUUAAAACCUGUUCCAACCCAGAAUACAGCUGUUCCAGUCACUGUACCUAUGGCUGCUUUUGUCCAGAAGGAACUGUUCUUGAUGACAUCUCAAAGAAUCGAACAUGUGUUCACCUUAGUCAGUGCCCAUGUACACUGAAUGGGGAAACAUAUGCUCCUGGUGAGACAAUGAAAGCAGCAUGUAGGACGUGUAAAUGUACAAUGGGUCAAUGGAAUUGCAAAGACUUGCCCUGCCCUGGAAGGUGUUCAUUGGAAGGAGGCUCCUUUGUUACCACAUUUGAUUCUAGAUCAUACAGGUUCCAUGGAGUUUGCACUUAUAUUCUUAUGAAGAGUUCAAGCCUUCCAAACAAUGGAACCCUAAUGGCUGUAUAUGAAAAGUCUGGUUAUUCUCAUUCUGAAACAUCACUUAGUGCUAUAAUUUACCUGUCUACGAAGGACAAAAUUGUGAUUUCUCAGAAUGAACUCCUUACUGAUGAUGAUGAACUUAAACGGCUACCUUACAGAUCAGGAGACAUCACUAUUUUCAGACAGUCCUCGAUGUUCAUUCAAAUACAUACAGUGUUUGAUCUGGAAGUUCUAGUUCAAACAUCACCUGUGUUCCAGGCCUAUGUGAAAGUUGGAUCACAGUUCAAAGGCAGAACCCUGGGUUUGUGUGGCAAUUACAAUGGAGACACUACAGAUGACUUCAUGACUAGCAUGGAUAUCACUGAAGGAACAGCUUCCCUGUUUGUAGAUUCCUGGAGGGCAGGAAAUUGCAAUCCUGCUUUAGAGAGAGAGACUGACCCUUGUGCUUUGAGUCAACUGAACAAAAUAUCUGCUGAGACUCAUUGCUCCAUUCUUACGAAGAAAGGUACAGUGUUUGAGAAGUGCCAUACUGUGGUGAACCCCAUUCCUUUCUACAAGAGAUGCGUCUACCAAGCCUGUAAUUACGAAGAGACCUUCCCUUAUAUUUGUUCUGCUCUGGGAUCGUAUGCACGAACAUGCAGUUCGAUGGGUUUAAUCCUUGAAAACUGGAGAGAGAGUAUGGACAAUUGCACCAUUCCCUGUACAGGCAAUCAAACAUUCAGCUACAACACUCAGGCAUGCGACAGGACAUGCUUGUCACUCUCCUACCGAGCCCUGGAAUGUCAUCCAACUGACAUCCCUAUUGAAGGCUGCCAUUGUCCUAAAGGAACGUAUUUGAACCACAAGAAUGAGUGUGUUCGUAAAUCUCACUGUCCCUGUUAUUUAGAAGAUAGGAAGUACAUCCUACCUGAUCAGUCAACAAUGAGUGGUGGGAUUACCUGCUACUGUGUUAAUGGGAGGCUCAGUUGCACUGGCAAACCUCAAAAUCCUGCAGAAAGCUGCAGAGCUCCUAAGAAAUAUAUAUCAUGUUCUGACAACUUAGAAAACAAGUAUGGAGCUACAUGUGCCCCUACCUGUCAGAUGCUGGCUACUGGAAUUGAAUGUAUACCUACUAAAUGUGAAUCAGGAUGUGUCUGCGCUGAUGGGCUAUACGAAAAUCUUGAUGGCAGGUGUGUUCCAGCUGAGGAUUGUCCUUGUGAAUAUGGUGGCCUUGCGUAUGGAAGAGGUGAACAGAUCCAAACUGAAUGUGAAAUCUGCACUUGCAGAAAAGGCAAAUGGAAAUGUGUUCAGAAAUCAAAGUGUUCUUCAACGUGUAAUCUUUAUGGAGAAGGCCACAUCACCACUUUUGAUGGACAACGUUUUGUUUUUGAUGGCAACUGUGAAUACAUAUUAGCUAUGGAUGGCUGCAGUGUUAAUAGACCUCAUUCCUCUUUUAAAAUCAUUACUGAGAAUGUCAUCUGUGGGAAAUCAGGGGUUACAUGCUCUAGAUCCAUCAGCAUUUACCUUGGGAACCUGACACUUGUACUGCGAGAUGAAACCUUCUCUGUUUCUGGGGAAAAUCCUUUAGUGCGAUACAGUGUGAAAAAGAAUGCUCUCCACCUGAUGUUUGAUAUCAUUAUCCCAGGAAAAUACAACAUGACCCUUAUCUGGAAUAAGCACAUGAACUUCUUCAUCAAGAUCUCCAGGGAAACACAGGAAACUAUUUGUGGUUUGUGUGGGAACUAUAAUGGCAAUAUGAAAGAUGAUUUUGAAACCCGAAGCAAGUAUGUGGCAUCAAAUGAGCUGGAAUUUGUGAACUCUUGGAAGGAGAAUCCUCUCUGUGGGGAUGUAUACUUUGUAGUGGACCCAUGUAGUAAGAACCCUUACCGUAAGGCUUGGGCAGAAAAGACAUGUUCCAUCAUCAACAGCCAAGUCUUUUCUGCCUGUCACAAUAAGGUGAAUCGUAUGCCCUAUUACGAGGCCUGCGUUCGAGACUCAUGUGGCUGUGACAUUGGAGGGGAUUGUGAAUGCAUGUGUGAUGCCAUUGCGGUAUAUGCGAUGGCAUGCUUAGAUAAAGGUAUCUGCAUUGACUGGAGGACCCCUGAGUUUUGCCCUGUCUAUUGUGAGUAUUACAAUUCUCAUAAAAACACAGGAAGUGGAGGUGCUUUAUCCUAUGCCUACAACAAUGACAACUGCACCUGGCAUUACAGGCCCUGUAAUUGUCCAAACCAAAACUACAAAUAUGUCAACAUUGAAGGCUGUUACAACUGCUCUCAUGAUGAAUAUUUUGACUAUGAGACGGAAAAAUGCAUGCCAUGUGGAUAUGAAAGCAUUAGUACUACACCUGAAACUUCACCUUUGACAGUAACAACAGUGCAGCCUAACAUAACAAGAAGCUCUACAGCAGUCACAUCACCCGCAACUCUGCUACCAACAUCACCUGCUAUUACCUCUUCUGCAUCUACUGUAUCAACUGAGACCAUGAGUCCAACAAUAACCUCAAAAAUCACCAUUCCAAGAACUUCAUCAGCAACACCUCUUGUCACAAUAAAGUCAACAACUGAACAUACAACAUUGGUUUUUACUACGCCAAGUAUGACCACAACUGUCACUACACCCUCCAUAACUACCUCAACAAGAAGGACCACAUCCAGUAAGCCGAUAUCUACACCUACUGCCUCACCAACCACUGCUUCAACAGAGACAGAAAAAGUAAGGGUCACUACACCACUCUUCGAGACCCCUACAAAAAAGGAAAUGACAACCACCUCUAUAUCUUCUCAUACUACAUCUCAGAUUGCAACCUCCAGCCAGCCUGAACUAACAACAGUAGAGAGUGAGGGAACUGAAGCAACCACUCUACACCACCGAGUCUCAGUAGCUGUCACCCACAAAAGGCCAACUGUGCCACACAGUGUGCCACAAUUCAUCACGCAGAAGACCACACCUGUGACAUUGGCCAGCAGUACCUCCCAGACCUCUGUUUCCAGAGAAGCCAGCCCUGCCAGCAGUCCAGAAGUCCCACUGACAAAGACGUCUCCGAGCCCCAGCUCUUUACCUGUCACCUCAACCUCAUCUGUUUCUUCCUCCUCAUCUGCCCUGCCCUCAACACGGCUGAGACCAUCACAUCCCGCCUCCAAAACUACAUUGCCACCAGUGAGCACGGAGAAGACCACCCCGGCCACGUCUGCCAGCAGCACCUCCAGGACGUCCGUGCCCAGCGAGGCCAGCCCCGCCAGCAGCCCAGCAGUGCCAGUGGCCAGGACGUCGCCUGCCCCCAGCAGCCCUCUCAGCACCAGGCUGCCAUCUGCCGCCCCUUCCACAGCCUCCUCCCCGUCGCCCCCAAGCUCCCGGCUCAGGCCCACGCCUACGACCCUGAGGCCCAAGCCCUCUCCCCCGAGGACCAGUGCUCCCACAGAGUCGCCUGCGUCCUCCGCACCCUCCACAGCCAAAACCAGCCCGCUGCCCUCAUCUACGUCCUCCCCGCUCUCAACUGUGUCCUCAGCAGUGCCGAGCUCCUCACAGCCAGCUUCCACCCCCAAAGAGACAACGGUGCCUCACAUCGUGCCGCCCGUGAGCACGGAGAAGACCACCCCGGCCACGUCUGCCAGCAGCACCUCCAGGACGUCCGUGCCCAGCGAGGCCAGCCCCGCCAGCAGCCCAGCAGUGCCAGUGGCCAGGACAUCGCCAGCCCACAGCAGCCCUCUCAGCACCAGGCUGCCAUCUGCCGCCCCUUCCACAGCCUCCUCCCCGUCGCCCCCAAGCUCCCGGCUCAGGCCCACGCCUACGACCCUGAGGCCCAAGCCCUCUCCCCCGAGGACCAGUGCUCCCACAGAGUCGCCUGCGUCCUCCACACCCUCCACAGCCAAAACCAGCCCGCUGCCCUCAUCUACAUCCUUCCCGCUCUCAACUGUGUCCUCAGCAGCUCCGAGCUCCUCACAGCCAGCCUCCACCCCCAAAGAGACAACGGUGCCUCACAUCGUGCCGCCCGUGAGCACGGAGAAGACCACCCCGGCCACGUCUGCCAGCAGCACCUCCAGGACGUCUGUGCCCAGCGAGGCCAGCCCCGCCAGCAGCCCAGCAGUGCCAGUGGCCAGGACGUCGCCUGCCCCCAGCAGCCCUCUCAGCACCAGGCUGCCAUCUGCCGCCCCUUCCACAGCCUCCUCCCCAUCGCCCCCAAGCUCCCAGCUCAGGCCCACACCUACGACCCUGAGGCCCAAGCCCUCUCCCCCGAGGACCAGUGCUCCCACAGAGUCGCCUGCGUCCUCCGCACCCUCCACAGCCAAAACCAGCCCGCUGCCCUCAUCUGCGUCCUCCCCGCUCUCAACUGUGUCCUCAGCAGUGCCGAGCUCCUCACAGCCAGCCUCCACCCCCAAAGAGACAACGGUGCCUCACAUCGUGCCGCCCGUGAGCACGGAGAAGACCACCCCGGCCACGUCUGCCAGCAGCACCUCCAGGACGUCCGUGCCCAGCGAGGCCAGCCCCGCCAGCAGCCCAGCAGUGCCAGUGGCCAGGACGUCGCCUGCCCCCAGCAGCCCUCUCAGCACCAGGCUGCCAUCUGCCGCCCCUUCCACAGCCUCCUCCCCAUCGCCCCCAAGCUCCCGGCUCAGGCCCACGCCUACGACCCUGAGGCCCAAGCCCUCUCCCCCGAGGACCAGUGCUCCCACAGAGUCGCCUGCGUCCUCCGCACCCUCCACAGCCAAAACCAGCCCGCUGCCCUCAUCUACGUCCUCCCCACUCUCAACUGUGUCCUCAGCAGUGACGAGCUCCUCACAGCCAGCCUCCACCCCCAAAGAGACAACGGUGCCUCACAUCGUGCCGCCCGUGAGCACGGAGAAGACCACCCCGGCCACGUCUGCCAGCAGCACCUCCAGGACGUCCGUGCCCAGCGAGGCCAGCCCCGCCAGCAGCCCAGCAGUGCCAGUGGCCAGGACGUCGCCUGCCCCCAGCAGCCCUCUCAGCACCAGGCUGCCAUCUGCCGCCCCUUCCACAGCCUCCUCCCCGUCGCCCCCAAGCUCCCGGCUCAGGCCCACGCCUACGACCCUGAGGCCCAAGCCCUCUCCCCCGAGGACCAGUGCUCCCACAGAGUCGCCUGCGUCCUCCGCACCCUCCACAGCCAAAACCAGCCCGCUGCCCUCAUCUACGUCCUCCCCUCUCUCAACUGUGUCCUCAGCAGUGCCGAGCUCCUCACAGCCAGCCUCCACCCCCAAAGAGACAACGGUGCCUCACAUCGUGCCGCCCGUGAGCACGGAGAAGACCACCCCGGCCACGUCUGCCAGCAGCACCUCCAGGACGUCCGUGCCCAGCGAGGCCAGCCCCGCCAGCAGCCCAGCAGUGCCAGUGGCCAGGACGUCGCCUGCCCCCAGCAGCCCUCUCAGCACCAGGCUGCCAUCUGCCGCCCCUUCCACAGCCUCCUCCCCGUCGCCCCCAAGCUCCCGGCUCAGGCCCACGCCUACGACCCUGAGGCCCAAGCCCUCUCCCCCGAGGACCAGUGCUCCCACAGAGUCGCCUGCGUCCUCCGCACCCUCCACAGCCAAAACCAGCCCGCUGCCCUCAUCUGCGUCCUCCCCGCUCUCAACUGUGUCCUCAGCAGUGACGAGCUCCUCACAGCCAGCCUCCACCCCCAAAGAGACAACGGUGCCUCACAUCGUGCCGCCCGUGAGCACGGAGAAGACCACCCCGGCCACGUCUGCCAGCAGCACCUCCAGGACCUCCGUGCCCAGCGAGGCCAGCCCCGCCAGCAGCCCAGCAGUGCCAGUGGCCAGGACGUCGCCUGCCCCCAGCAGCCCUCUCAGCACCAGGCUGCCAUCUGCCGCCCCUUCCACAGCCUCCUCCCCGUCGCCCCCAAGCUCCCGGCUCAGGCCCACGCCUACGACCCUGAGGCCCAAGCCCUCUCCCGCGAGGACCAGUGCUCCCACAGAGUCGCCUGCGUCCUCCGCACCCUCCACAGCCAAAACCAGCCCGCUGCCCUCAUCUGCGUCCUCCCCGCUCUCAACUGUGUCCUCAGCAGUGACAAGCUCCUCACAGCCAGCCUCCACCCCCAAAGAGACAACGGUGCCUCACAUCGUGCCACCCGUGAGCACGGAGAAGACCACCCCAGCCACGUCUGCCAGCAGCACCUCCAGGACCUCCGUGCCCAGCGAGGCCAGCCCCGCCAGCAGCCCAGCAGUGCCAGUGGCCAGGACGUCGCCUGCCCCCAGCAGCCCUCUCAGCACCAGGCUGCCAUCUGCCGCCCCUUCCACAGCCUCCUCCCCGUUGCCCCCAACAAAGUCCAUGCCUACAGCCUUCAUUCCCACUUUGACCUCCUCUGAGAGUACCACUUAUUCUUCCCCCUCACCAAACACCACAGUUUCUUUUACUCCACGUGGUGAAACAUUUUCAGUAGCACUUCCAACUGCUGUCUCUUCCAAAUCCACCCCAGUUGUGAUCCCAAGAGUGUUACCUACAACAACUGUGUUUCCUCCCAGUUUUGUUACCACUGCUUCUACAGAGACCCCUUCUGUUGAACAGACUUCUAUCCGAACAACUGCACUAACUACCAGGCGUACUACAUCGUCUCUUUCUGUUACAUCUGAACUUUCAACAUCCCUGUCUUCUGUUAGACCAGCUACAGUACCACAAGAGAAUUGCCUAAAAGUUGAAUAUGAAGAAAAAAUAACUUACAAAGGCUGUUCUGCUAACAUCACUUUGAGCCGAUGUGAAGGAUCAUGUCCAUCUUCAACAACGUUGAAUGCUGAGACCAUGGAGGUCACCACAGCAUGCGGCUGUUGUAGGCCUCUUCGACUUUAUAAGAAGGAAUUCCAGCUACCAUGUGAAGACCCAGAUAACCCCCAAAAAAGGCUUGUCAAGGAAAUCACUGUGUUUGGUGGCUGUGUUUGCAACUUUGACACCUGCAUACAAUAG